AUGGACCAAGGAAAUACCUCAAGAGUGACUGAAUUUGUAUUGCAUGGUCUUUCAGGUCCUCGAGAGCUACAACUAUUCUAUUUUAUAUUUUUCACACUUUUGUAUUUGUCCACUGUGGUGGGAAACCUCCUCAUUGUGCUCACAGUCCUCUCUGAACCUGCCCUCCACACCCCCAUGUACUUCUUGCUUAGCAACCUCUCCUUUAUUGAUGCCUGUCUGUCCACUUUUGCCACUCCCAAAAUGAUAGUUGACUUCCUCAUGGAGCAGAAGACCAUCUCCUUUGAGGGCUGCAUGGCCCAGAUAUUCUUUCAGCAUACCUUUGCAGGUGGGGAAAUGAUGCUCCUCAUGGCCAUGGCAUAUGACAGGUAUGUAGCCAUAUGUCGACCCCUGCACUAUGCAGCUAUCAUGAGUAUACGCAAGUGCAUAGGGCUCGUGGUGGGGUCCUGGCUCAUCGGGGUCCUGCACUCAGUAAGCCAAUUUGUCUUCAUAGUAAACCUUUCUUUCUGUGGUCCAAACCAUGUGGACAACUUUUUCUGUGACCUUCUCUUAGUUAUUAAACUUGCCUGCACUGAUAUCUAUAUACUUGAGGUACUGAUGCUUUCAUACAGUGAUAUAAUGAGUAUUAGCUCUUUUUUGCUCUUGCUCAUCUCCUAUACAGUCAUCCUGGUCACUGUGCGACGUCGAACCUCAGCAGGCAUGGCCAAGGCCCGGGCUACCCUGACUGCCCAUGUCACUGUGGUGACUCUCUUCUUUGGGCCAUGCAUCUUCAUCUAUGUCUGGCCUUUCAACAACUUCCCUGUCAAUAAGCUUCUCUCAGUAUUCUACACUGUUUUCACUCCUCUCCUAAACCCCUUGAUCUACACAUUGAGGAAUAAGGAGGUAAUAUCGGCAAUGCAGAAACUGAGGAGGUGA